GAGUUGGGGGAGAGAAAGGGAAGAAUCGGCAGCUCGUUUCCCUUUGCUCUCAGCCGGAUGCACUUCGCCUCCUUGGCCACGCACGACCAGCCGCCUCCACUGUUGCCGUCCAACGACAUCCAGCCGGCGUCCUCACUCCUCACCCUCGUGGUCUCCUCUCUCCCGAUUCCCACAUCGCCGAUCGCGAAAGGAAAAGAAAACUUGGAGGAAGAAGUCAUGGAAAGUGCUGGUACGAGCUUCAACGACCGAAGGUGGUCGCUGAAAGGCAAGACCGCUUUGGUCACUGGUGGAACCAGAGGGAUUGGGUACGCGAUCGUAGCAGAGCUAGCGGGGCUCGGCGCGAGUGUACACACCUGUUCUCGCAACGAGAAAGAGCUCAACGAGCGAGUGGAAGAGUGGCGAGGCAAAGGAUUUCAAGUGAGUGGUUCGGUCUGUGACCUCACUUGCAAUACCCAAAAGGAAGCGCUGGUUAAGACCGUCUCCUCUGUUUUUGAUGGCAAGCUGAACAUUCUGGUAAACAAUGCGGCGACAGUUGUUCUUAAGGGCGUGCUAGAUCACACACUGGAGGACUGCUCUUACGUGUUGAAAGCCAACCUCGAGUCCCCUUACCAUCUGUGCCAACUUGCGCAUCCACUCCUGAAAGCUUCAGGAGAUGGCAACAUUGUGUUUCUUUCCUCGAUUGCGGGUGAAGUAGCUCUACCUGCACUCUCGAUUUACUCUGCUUCCAAAGGAGCUAUCAAUCAGCUUACCAAGAACUUGGCAUGUGAAUGGGCGAAAGACAACAUUCGGAUCAACACCGUGGCUCCUGGGCCCGUGAAAACCACCAUCGCAAAACCUGAACCGGAAAUCAAAGAGAAGUUUCUCAAGAUGCUUGCGCGAAUGCCUCUCCAUCGGUUGGGAGAGCCCAACGAGAUCUCAUCCGUGGUCGCGUUUCUUUGCCUUCCCGCGGCUUCAUAUGUCACAGGGCAGGUCAUUAGUGUGGAUGGUGGCUACACGGUGGGCUUCUAAGCCAAGUCUCACAAACUUCUCCAUCCCUAAGUCAACUGCCUUUCAAGUCAGUGAACUCUAUUUUGUAGCUGAUCACGAUGGACGGCGAAGAUACAGUUGAACAGACCAUUGUCCUAACUUUCUUUUAGGUCUAAGUCGGAGACUUCCGUCUUAUUGAUUGCUUAAGUUAUCUGGAAUUUCACACGUUGUUUACGAUGGAAAAGUUCAAAUACCAUGUUGGUCUCUGGCGAGCAUGACUUCGCCUAGUGAAUCUUUCCAAUAAAGUUUGGUGAUUUUGGGAAUC